CGGAUGCAUCUCCGAACCGAAUACCGCGACCUCAAUUCUCAACACGCGUCUUCCUUUCACGAAACAUAUUCGUUUUACUUACAAUAACUAAUGUAAAGUCAAUGUCUAUGACCGACAUCAACACUUGUAUGUUAACUGUUGUUUUCUUGCUACAACUAUCAGUUAGAUUCUGUACUAAUGAUAACGUAAUGUUAAUGGCAUCUUGUAAAAACAAGCAACUAUGUGUACGUAGGCUAGGUUUGCAGGUAAUAUAUCAUACUCUUUACUUAGCCACCAGCCUAAGCCGCUCACAAUUCUUAUCAAACCACCGAGCAUUAAAAAUGACCUUCACUCCUUCAGCGCACACAAAAAAAAUCGCGCACAUUUUCUAAUUUAGUCGCGUGCAUUCAAAUCUCACCUUAACAACGUUCCAUUGCAUACGAAAUUCGAACAUUAACAUCAUUUAAAAGUAAAUUGUUUUUGUUUUUUCUUGUGAAACGGAAUUUCAGCGAUCUGAAACGACCGAAACGUCAGCAUUGUCAGUUUUGAUAUUUAGAUCAAAAUUCCCAGUUACUAAUUAAAAUCUUAGCGAGACAGUGACAAUAAACAUACCGGUGUGAACCGUUCCUCCUCGGCGUUGAGCAAAUCGCCAACAGAAGAUGCUUUCGCUUGAUUCGCCAAAUGCCUUCGGCUAUUCAAGACAUAGGACAACUCAUCCAGUUGGGGGAGUAAGAUGGCGCACAGCUCGACGUAGACUGGCCUCUCGGAUCCACAACUGCACCAACCUUACUUUAAGAGGGGGUGGUAGGAGAAUCAAACAGAGGAUACUUAAACUCAAGAAGAAGAGUCCGCGUCGAGGCGGAUUGUCGCCGAGGAAGAAGUCGCCAGUGUCCAACGUUCACAAUGUUCCCAGUUCAAUAUCUCAACUGCUGAACUCCAUCGACUAUGAGACUCGCAGCUCUGACAUCCUGGACGCCAUUCCCGAGAGGGAGUGGCGCCUCCUAGCGGCGUUAGCACGGAAGAGAGAAGAGGAUGAUGAGAGGGAGAAACUCGCCGACCAGUUCCGCAAGUUGUGGCAGAAGGAGAAAGAGGAGAGGGAAUUGGUUGAAGCGGAAACUCAAGACCAAUACCAGCGCUAUAUAAACGAGAAACGUCGCGAGGAGAAGAACUGGCAGGAGUUCCGCCAGUACCAGAUGUCGCUGGAGUCGCAGCUGCGCCGGCGCCAGCUCAUCGACUGCAUCAAGCACAAGGAGCAGCGCAGCGCUAACCUUAGAGCCUAUAUCGAUGACCAAAAGACAGGCUUCAUGAUAGACAAAGCGUUAGAAGAAGAGGCGCGUGCGCAGCUAGCCGCCGACAGACGCACCCGCCUCGGCGAAGCGGAGCAGUUCCGAAAACACGUGGAACUUAUCGACACGCAGCGGAGAGCUGACAAUGCCAGGAAGAGACGAACAGCCAUGCUACGAGACGCUUCUCAGCGUGUAGCGAUAUCCAACGCGCUAAGUUCCUGGGAAACAACACUCCUCCGUCAAGAGCUAUCAGCAUUAGACGCAGCUCGCCGCGCCCACCACGCGGCGCACGCGGCGUUAACGGACGCGCGCAGCGUACGACUGAUGCGAACACGCGACGCACGACGACGCAGAGCAAGGAGAAUGGCCGCGGUCACAGAACAGAUGCGAGAAAUCAUCAGGUCUGGCCGGAGGUCGUAGGAAUCGUUAAAAGUAUAAAAAUAAAUGGAAAAAAUAGCGGUCAAAUUGAUGCAUUAUCCGCGUCAGGCACGCGGCUUUAUCGGACGCACGCAACGCACGAUCUGUGCGUGCGUCGGUUGUGCAUGACUUGUCCGUUAUAUCGAAAGGCACUGUGAUAAGUCACACUACUGUGCGUCGUCACAGUGUAAGUUUUAUUAUAUAGUUUCGGUAGCCACAUGAACGAUUUCGAUAGUAUAGAUUAAUUAAAAAUUUAGCUCGUUUAUUAGCUUUCUACUGUGUUGUUAUGUAGUUCUAUCUACUGCCUAUGAAUUGGAUAGUUGUGGGUGGAGGGGAGGAUAUGCUGAGAGGAUUAUAAUUAAUAAUAGCAAUUCAAUUACAAUUAUAAACAUUUCUACAACUCAAAUUAGAUAAUUAUCUAAGACACCAUAUAAUCUCUUGGAUUUUUUCAUAACAUUGUCUGUCUAUCUUCCCUUAAAUCUUUUCUCAAUAUUCUCUCAGUUUCGGUAAGUUUACCGGUAUGUUUUUCUUUUAUAAAAAACCCAAUGUAAUUAUAAACACUUUUCACUUGAUUCUUGUAGCACUUUGACUUCAGAACGAACAAUGCUGGGUCGUUUCAAUAAUGUAAACUAGAGGCCUACCAAUGCUUCAAGUAAGAUAAUUGUGGAUGUUAAAGCGAGAUGGCACUAUACAUAGCGUCGAGAGCCAUCUAUCUCCCACAAUCGUGUUACUUCAAGAUGGUCCUUCUGAACGAAAAAAAAUAACAUUUACUUAAUCCCAAAAAACUUAUUGUAUCUACCUAACUUUGGAUAAUCAUUAAAAUUACCGCCUAAAUUAGUAACUAUGUAAAAACAAUGUAAACUACCUCGUGAAUGUUGUAUGUGUAGGUAAUAUUAAAAUGAAACGUAGCUUUGUGUAACUUAUAUUUAAUUAAUAAUAAAUUAUUUACACUUUGCAA